AUGGCCUAUAUUGAUAAGCCCCGCUUCCACAAGCCGGCGAACCCGGCGCGGACAAAACCACCGCCCACCGAUCCGCUGCUCGAGCCGAGCGCUUCGGUGCCGCGCCUCGCCUUGCAGACCUCGGACAAGGUGCCUGCCGACGCGCCGCCGCUGCAGUCGCAUGCGCAGGCAGGUAUUGAAAUGCAAGAACGGGCUUCGAACGACGACAAGGAGCGCAAGCGCCAGCAGGCCGAGCAGCUCGUUUGGCUAGACGAUGCAAAAAACUCGCUGCACAAGUCGCUGCCCUUGCUCGGUGUGCGUGUCGGCGCGACGCAGGUCAGUGCUCUGGCACGCAACCCUGCGGUGAACCCGCAUGUGUUUCGCUCGCGCAAGUCGAAGCACAUCUGCUUCGAUACGCAGGGCGACGAGUCGAUGCGCGUCCUGCAGCUGGGUGUAGAAGACGUGAGCGCGCUGCCGGCAGAGGCACAGGCAGCCAUCGACGAGGUGGGCGGAACGAUUGUGCCACACCCAGUUGAAUUCGACUAUGACUACUGGACGGUCGAGCAAGUCCUCCGCGCGAUUCUUCCGGCGGAGCUCGAAGAGGGCGCGCCGAGUGCUUUUGCCAUGGUCGGCCACCUUGCGCACGUCAAUUUACGCGAAGAGUACCUUGCGUAUCGUUACCUCAUCGGUCAAGUGAUCCUCGAAAAGACGCCGCGUGUGCGCACCGUCGUCAACAAGCUCGACUCGAUCGAGACGGAAUUCCGCGUCUUUGCCAUGGAGCUCCUCGCCGGCGUGCCCGAGUACGAGGCCGAGGUGUCUGAGUCCAACUGCCUUUUCCAGCUCGACUUCCGGCACGUGUAUUGGAACAGCCGCUUGCAUACGGAGCACGGGCGCCUCAUUGCGCAAUUCCAGCCGUUCCAGGUGCUGGCGGAUGUCAUGGCCGGCGUCGGCCCGUUUGCCGUGCCGGCGGCCAAGAAGGGCGCUUGGGUCCUUGCCAACGAUCUGAAUCCGAGCUGCUACGAGAGCCUGGAGCGGAAUAGCAAGCGCAACCACGUCACGCAGCACCUGCAGGCGACGUGCCUCGACGGCCGCGAAUUCAUCCGCCAGAGCGUGCUUACGACGUGGGCAGCCUCAUUCCCGGGCGGCCCGUCGGGCGACGAGCUGCUGAGCGCGCGCCAGAAGCGCAAGGAGCGAAGCGCACAGCGCCGUGCCAAGGAAGAGGGCGUCACUGAAGCACCUGCGACGCCUGCGCCGGCCGCCCCGCCGCGGCCGCCCCGCCGCCUCGUCGACCACUUUGUGAUGAACCUUCCCGCGACCGCGCUUGAUUUCCUGGACGCGUACCGUGGCCUGUACACGCGCCUUGCGUCGCAAGUGGGUGCCGAUGCGCUCCAAGCCGAGCUGAAUGCGCGUGAAAAAGACCACGAGGGAGUCGAGCCGCUCCCGAUGGUGCACGUCCACUGCUUUACCAAAGAUGUCGAGAAUGCAGGCCGCGAUAUCUGCCAGCGCGCAAGUGCGGCGCUGGGUCUCGCACACGACGAGCGCCUCGUGCCCCCAGAGGGCGACCAAGGAGCGCCACCGACCCCAGAGCUGUCUCUGCACUUGGUGCGCUCCGUCGCGCCGAGUAAGGACAUGUACUGUCUCACGUUCCGUCUGCCGAAGAGUGUACUGUUUGCCUCGGUAUAA